UCAACCAAAUCGAGACCGACUAUGGUGGUCAAAUGUAGUCAAUCAGUCAAACCCAAAGACUUAUUUUCAGAAGAAGGGCAGUUUUUACUUUUAAAAAUCUACAUUAUUUAGCUUUCCUCCAUAUUAUUAUUUUUCAACAACAAUGCAUUAUGUGUUUGAAUGUGAAGAUAACAUCCACAUCACUAAACAAAAAAAAUUCCUUUUAAUGCAUAUAAAUCUAAUCAUUACAUAAAUUUAUCUCUAUCCAUUAAUUAUAGCAGCCAGCCACAAGCCAGUUUCCGGGUUAGUAGGACAGAUUGCAGUCCCAUGCAUUUAACGUCGUGCAAGAUUAACAUAAACACUAGCUACUUGCCAUUUCUAGAUAGAACUAAAGUAAAAAAAAUUAAGAUAAAGAUUAAAAAAUAGUAGUGAUUAAUAUUUAAUGCAAAGCUUAUACCUUCCAAGGCUGCUGCUCACUUCGAUCCCACUCAAGACUCCAAAUAAAAAGCUGCAAUGUCCAUCACUCUUCUUCUUCAUAAUUCUCCGAUCAUCAUUAUCACUCUCUGUCUCUCUUCUACUUCAAUGGCUCUUGUUCGUGAACGCCGUCGAAUCAACCUCCGUCUCCCUCUUCCACCACUCUACGAUCGCCUCCCCUGUUUCUCCUUUGCCUCCUCAACCGCCGCCGUCACAUCCAAAUUGGAUGUCAUCAACAAUGGAAUCUCCGCUUCCGAUAUCGAGAAACUCCACGUUCUCGGAAGCGGAACCGGCGGGAUCGUAUACAAAGUCCACCACAAAACCACGGGGGAGCUAUACGCUCUGAAAACAGUCAACGGAGACAUGAGUUCUACUUUCACAAGACAAUUAACACGCGAGAUGGAGAUCCUCCGUCGCACGGAAUCUCCUUAUAUCGUCCGGUGUCACGGGAUCUUCGAGAAACCAAUCGCCGGCGAGGUUUCAAUCCUCAUGGAGUAUAUGGACGGCGGAAACCUAGAAUCUCUCCGCGGCGCCGUAACAGAGAAACAACUCGCUGGAUUUUCCCGCCAGAUUUUGAAAGGAUUAAGUUAUCUCCACUCUCUCAAGCUCGUUCACAGAGACAUCAAACCGGCGAAUCUCCUCUUAAAUUCGAGAAACCGGCGAAUCUCCUCUUAAACCGGCGAAUCUCCUCUUAAAUUCGGAGUGAGCAAAAUCAUGAUCCGAUCGUUAGAUUACUGCAAUUCGUACGUCGGCACUUGCGCUUACAUGAGCCCGGAGAGAUUUGACUCCUCCGUCGCCGGAGAAAACUCCGAUGUAUACGCAGGCGAUAUCUGGAGUUUCGGAUUGAUGAUGCUCGAGCUCUUCGUCGGACAUUUUCCGUUGCUUCCUCAGGGACAGAGACCUGAUUGGGCGACGCUAAUGUGCGCCGUGUGUUUCGGAGAGCCACCGCGUACGCCGGAAGGAUGUUCCGACGAGUUUAGGAGUUUUGUUGAUUGUUGUCUCCGUAAAGAAUCGAGUGAGAGGUGGACGGCGUCGCAGCUUCUCGGUCACUCUUUUCUCCGUGAAGUUCCGAUUGCUUGUGAUGUUACGGGUCUGGAUCUUUUUUCCGGGUGACCCAAAUCGCAUUAUUACUUAUUGUAGAAUUUGUAUGAUCAGAAAAUAUGAAUACUUGCACUA